UGUCACGUGACAGUUUGUAAUUUCAAGAUGGCUUCUGAGGAGCUCCCGUCUCAAUUUGAUGUUGUCAUUCUCGGCACAGGACUCACUGAGUCUGUCAUCGCAGCGGCCUGCUCCAGAGUCGGCCAGAGCGUUCUUCAUCUGGACAGAAGAACCUACUAUGCUGGAAACUGGGCUAGCUUCACAUUCAAUGGCCUCCUGUCAUGGAUUGAGGACUACAAGAAUCAGGAGGAAGUUAAUACCACAGAAUCUGAACAGGCAUGGAGUAGUCUGAUGGAGGAGGGAGAAGAUGUGCUUCCUCUCAGAUCAGUGGACUCCUCCAUCUCUAACAUAGUAGUUUACUGUUAUGCCAGUGAGGAAGAAGAGAACGAAGAGGAAGCACAGCCAUCGGCAACAAGCAGUGAGGCUGUAUCAGAAGAAACCAAUGAAGCCUCUACUGAAGCUCAAGACAUGGCUAUCACUGACGGUAGCACAGAAACUGUUAAGACGCAGAACACUGAGGAUGAAGUGUCUGAACCAAUAGAAGAGCAGCAUGACAUUUCAGACUCCAGCCAAUCACAGGAGGAGAACGAGCAGCAGCCAAUUGGCAGCCCAGCAGAUCCACCUGUGGAGGUGAAAAAGAAGAUAACAUAUCAAACACUGUUAAAUGAGGGACGCAGAUUUAACAUCGACCUGGUCUCCAAGUUGAUGUAUUCACGUGGCGCGCUGGUGGAUUUGCUCAUCAAAUCUAAUGUGAGCCGCUACGCAGAGUUCAAGAACAUCAGCCGCAUCCUCACCUGUAGAAAUGAAAAAGUGGAACAGGUCCCGUGUUCACGGGCUGAUGUGUUUGCCAGUAAGCAGCUGACUGUGGUGGAGAAACGCAUGCUGAUGAAGUUUCUUACCUUCUGUCUGGACUUUGAGCAGCACCCAGAGGAGUACCAGGACCACUCGGAGAAACCAUUUCGGGAGUUCCUGAAGAUCAAGAAGCUGACGGAGAAUCUGCAGGACUUUGUCCUCCACUCAAUCGCUAUUGUGACGCAGGAGACCCUUACGGAGGAGGGAUUAAAGGCCACGCAGCACUUCCUGCGAUGCUUGGGUCGUUACGGCAACACUCCCUUCCUGUUCCCACUGUACGGCCUAGGAGAGAUCCCACAGUGCUUUUGCAGAAUGUGCGCCGUGUUCGGAGGAAUUUACUGUCUGCGACACUCCGUGCAGUGCCUGGUUGUGGACAAAGCAUCGGACAAAGUUAAAGCCGUGAUUGAUACACGCGGUCAGAGGAUCAGCUGCAGUUAUUUUGUGGUGGAAGAUUCGUACAUCAGAGAUGAACAGAGACGCAGCACGGCACACGGGCAGAUAUCUCGAGCAGUUCUCAUCACCGACAGAUCGGUGCUGACCUCAGAAUCAGAUCAGCAGAUCUCAUUGGUGACGGUUCCUCCUCUGGAUUCUUCUUCACCAGCUGUGAGAAUGGUGGAGCUGUGUUCUUCAUCCAUGACCUGCAUGCCCGGCACAUAUUUGGUCCACCUGAACUGCUCGUCUUCAAAUUCAGCCCAGGAAGAUCUCGCUCCCGUUGUGUCUCGACUGUUCCACGUUCCCAGCGUUCCUGGAGAGGAACCUUCAGAAGAUCCGGAGGAGAGCAUCAAGCCCUCAGUGCUGUGGGUCAUGUACUUCAACAUGAGGGACACGUCUGACCUGGACAACAGCAGCUACAGUCUGCCGAGCAAUGUUCACGUGUGCACCGGUCCUGACAGCAAUUUGGGCAGCGACUACUCCAUCAAACUGGCCGAGUCUGUGUUUCAUCAGCUCCUGCCUGACGAAGAAUUCUGUCCUCCCGCUCCCAACCCGGAGGACAUCAUCUACGACGGCGAAGGCCCGCAGGCCGAGGGCGCUGGCUUUGACCAGACUAAUAACACAGAAGCAGAUCAAAACCAGGCAGAGGAAGAAAGUGCCGCCGUGGAAACGGACAGCUCUGAUCCUGCAGAGAAGAUAGACGGUGUUGCCCAGGAAACUCCCCUGGAAAGCGCUCAGACCCCACUCUCUGAGGAAUAGCCCCUUCACACACCAUUCCUCUCAUCUUCAUAAUCACUCCUCCUCCCAAUGCCCAUGGAGGAGAACAUAUGGUUUCCCCAAAAACACUGGCAUUAUAUCCUGCUCCGAGCGAGCCAACACGCUGCAGUGCCCAAGAUUCAGUAAAAAUAUGUUCCCGUGUCCACCACCACUGAAACGAUCGUGCCUUUCGUCUGCAUCAGCUGAAAUACCCUUUGUCGUUUUUGUUUGUUGUGUUUAUUGUAAACGGAUUACUUUUUAUAAAACAGGAUGUUCUCAUUUUCUCCGUAAUUGUGUACAUGUGUGUUCACAACUUUGCAUGGUGCCUUUCAUAAGACUCGGUUACGGAAGCUGAAUGAUUUUCAUCAGAUGGAAAGAUACAUUUUAAGCGAGACAAACACAUUUCAUAUCUGAAUGCUGUAAACAUAAAGUCCCACCAAUCCAGUUCUCUGUAUCACAUCUCUACACAUUUCAAAACGGCGUCUUGCUAUAUUUGUAUCAUCCAAAAAUGCUUGCUGGCAUUAAAUAUUUAUUUGAAGUAAAUACUUGAAGUCUCUCUGUAUGUUUAAAUCGGAUGCAUUGAAAUGUUCUAGCCACGCUGCAGCGUUUGAAGAAAACGUGUGUUCAAUAUUCCAAUUUAAUCUGAGACUGGUAUAUAAACUGUGACGCUUGGAAUCGAACAUUAGCGAUGCACAGAAGAAUCAAACGGCAGUGGGUUUACCUGCCACGCAGGAGAGAAAGAACACAGUUUGAUGACAUUUGCUUUGCACUGCCACGGCUGAACAGAUGGCUCAUUAUGGCUGCGAGAGCGCAGUCCUCCCUCACCGCGCUCGCUGUCUUUGUUUCCGUGGAAUUUGAUAUGGGCUCUGCUGAGGGUAUUUACUCCUUCUGCAGGGGAAGAAUUACUGCUGAACACAUGGCCCAGGUUAGUCCCAGACCAGAGCAAGUGUGCUGUUCCUGCUAGGCCACCGGGAUCACAGAUGAGUGUUUGGCGACGGAUGCGUGUCACAUACUGUACCGGAUAUAGAGUCUAGUGUAUUCUUUGCGUUGUGUUUGUUUUCAGGAUGCAUGAUUGUGCAGGACAAGAACGCAAAAUGUGUGUUUUCAUAUUAGAGUAGACAACGUCGUGCAGGUGAAGAUGAACAAGAAUUAAUGGACAAAUAGAAAUUCAUUCAAUUCAGAAUUUCAAUUUUCAACAAAAGCACUUAGAAAUGAAUUUAAAUAUAAUUAAACUAUAAUGAAUUAGAAAUCAACUUUAUUUGUUUUGUUUUCCAAUACAAUUAUUAUCAUCCUUAAAAAACUGUCUCACACACACACAAGAAGAUAUUUUGAGAAAUGGCUCAAUGGUUUUGUGUCCAUACAAUGGAGGUCAAUGUUGUUUGGUUACCAACAUUCUUCAACAUAUUUUUUUUGUGUUCUGCAGAAGAAAGUUAUAACGUCAUACGAGUGAGUAAAUAAUGAAAGUAUUUUUAAAUUGAUUAAACUUUUCAAGAAUCAAAAUGAUACAAGAUCGUAUAUACAAUAAAGAACAAUCUAACUGAAGUAUGUAAAUAGAAUGCCUGAACAAAAAAAACGUGUAAAUUUAAAAAUGAUUUUAAAUUACAUUCUUUUCC